AUGGUGGUGUCGAACGACACGCUCUUUCGUGAAUUGCUCGAAAAAGCGGAAAAGAAGUUACCGCGGAUGGAGAGCGUCGUUAGCAUCAUACCGCCGUACAAAUGUGUUCACAAGCAUCUGCAGCGUAUGAGCGUGUUUCAAGAGAAAACGAAGAAAAUGCUGUGCAAGGAGCAUCUGGAGCUGGAAAUAAUGAACAGUAAAAUGUCUUGCAUCGAGAAGCUAUUGAAGCCGGAGGUAAAUUAUUCAACGUGUUAAAUAACAAACUGUCCCGCGUGGUCGUUACUCGUAAAUGAGAAACCUCAAGACUUGGACGGGGGGCG